CAGCAAAUCCAGAUUGAAUUAUUCGCUUAUGCAGCUCAGCAAAAUGAAUAGCCUGGCACCUACCAGUCGCAUUCACCGCAAAGCUGGCCAAGCACCCCUCCACGUGCAAGCCGACAUCACCACCUUGCCCCACUACUAUGUCGUAUGGCGCAAUGCUGGAAAAAUCAGAACCUCUCGUUACAAAUAGCUACCUUUGUAAUCGAAGCAGUUGAAAGCAACAACAUAUCACCAAAAGAUCUAGAUUUGGUAAACUACCAUCACAAUGGCAACCACCGAGGCGGAUAAGCUCAUCACCUCCGACGACCCGAACCACCCCGCCAACCUCAUCCCUUCCCUCUGUGCCAAGUUCUGGCACCUUGGCUGGGUUACCGGCACUGGUGGUGGCUGCUCUAUCCGUAAUGACGACAAGGUCUACAUUGCACCGUCUGGCGUUCAGAAGGAAUUGAUGAAGAGCACCGAUAUCUAUGUCCUCUCUCUUGCCGCCCAGAACUCUACUUUUACCGACCGUACAUAUCUCCGCUCCCCACCAUGCUACAAGCCUUCACAGUGCACUCCUCUAUUCCUUGCAGCCUUUACGAAGCGUGGCGCUGGCUGCUGUAUUCACACCCACUCACAAUGGGCAGUCCUCGUAACUCUGUUGCUUGAAACACAGGGGUCUGGGAAUGAAAAGGUCUUUGAGAUCAACAACAUCGAACAGAUUAAGGGAUUUGGCCGCGGGAUGACGAAAUCAGGCAACCUGGGCUACCAUGAUACUCUUCGUAUUCCAGUCAUCGAGAACACGCCCCAUGAAGAAGACCUCACUGAAUACCUUGAAGCUGCCAUGGAGGAAUAUCCGGAUACAUAUGCGGUGUUGGUGCGACGCCACGGUGUCUAUGUCUGGGGUGACAACGUCCACAAGGCCAAGACACAGUGCGAGAGCUUGGACUAUCUCUUCCAACUCGCAGUGGAGAUGAAGAAGCUUGGUAUUCCAUGGACUAGCGAGAUUGCCCGUAUUGGCCCUGACAGGCCAUAGAAUGCUUCAUGCAUUGUUUGCAUAGGUUGGGAGUUGAGUGAUUUAGCGCUGGCGUGGUGGUAGCUCUGGCGGCAGUAUAAAAGCAAAAUGAAUGGUGUCUGAACAGACAGGACAGAAAUGGUGAUUUUUACAUAUAUAGUGACGAACCAAUUGAAUUUAAAAUAAUUACGGUGCGCCUCUACCACGCUUCCCUAUGGGUUUAAGAACAUGCCUUGUAUGGUUAUAACUCAUCCGCGAUACGUGUAUCUGAUUGUGCAUCGUCGAGACGUUCGGUAGCUUCGUUUGUGGCCGUCUUAACAGCGUCGUCUACAAUCUCAACUAUCGGGAGGCUUUUAUGGUCCUCAUGGGUAUCGAUUGUCGGUAAAUCUUCACCGGGCAAACCCUCCACCUCUACUUGUUGCUUUGCGUUUAGCUCGUGAGCUCUGGCAGGAGACGCCACUGGCUUCGCUGGCGCUACAAUACUUGAUACUUUCCAACCCACGCCGAACAAGAUACGAACAGGGAAGAGAACCAACCACCAGAUGGGCCCAUACAGCAAGCGACGGAAGAUGAGCCAACCAAGAGUUACCAUCAACAUGUACAUGGCUGUUUGAAGAUACCAAGUGUCGCUCUUUUGAGAUUUGAGCAAGGUGCCCAAAAGAUCUCUUGAUUUGACCAGCAUUGUAUCCAGUGAGCCAUAUGAUUCGUCGAGCUGUUUCAAGGCGGCCGAUGACUCUGUUAAGGUUUGAUGUGCAAACUCGCUUCGUGAUAGUUCUGAGGCGAUGAGGUCAUGCGUUCGGCGCAACGCAUUUGUGACAUUACUACUUGCACCGACUGUUUCUUGAUCAACCUCAGAAAGGCUCGAGUGAUUGUGCUGUUGUGUACGUCGUCGUAAGAUCUGUACAGGAACUGGGUUCGAUGUUUCUUCGGACGGCUCGUCGCUUGUCGUCGUUGCUGGCUGCGUGUAAGAUUUCAUAAUAAGCUGGCGCUCGAGCUUUUGCGCCUCUGCAAUAUUCCUCUUAGCAGUGAGCCUUGCCUUUCUGAAUGAUGUACGAUGGCUACCACAUUUGUUAGUCCUAAACGGCGUCAUACCAUGGUAGACUGGCGGCUCACCUUGCUAGCUCCUCGCUGACCUUUCGCACGCCCUCUAGUAACCUUGAUUUAUUCUCACCAUCCGCUCUAAGAUAUCCGAUGUCUUCCUGCAGCAAUUCUUGGUCGUCUGUAACAAUUCGAAGAAUAGAAGUUAUUUCUGAGCUCAAUUCACCGCUGACGCUGUCCUCCUCAUCGGUACCCAGCGGCACUGAACCAGGCUGGAACUUCAGUGUUUCGAGUCGAUCGAUUAGUUCGCGCAGUUGUGCAGUCGUUUCUUGCAAGGCUGUCAGCCUGUCAUGUAAGAUGUCAAACGACAUUUUUCUUUAGGUAGUGAUUAAUUGUCGUUGUUGUAGAUCUAGUGUUAUGUGGUCUG